CCUGACGUCGGCAACUCAGAAAAUAGUCGGCUAAGCAUAGCUUCGGAAAUGGUCGAAGCUCGGUAGGGCACAAUCGAGUGCAAAGCCGCAAAAAAACGCAAAUAUUAUCCUUAAAGAUUCUUACACAGUUCGUUAUAUCACGCACACACGUACUUUAAACUCUUACUAGUCAGGUUUCUCCAAGUUUUUUGUGUAUUCAUGGAGGAGAAGAAGGAAGACGGGGACUCGGAGAUCCAGGAACACGGACCGGAGCACUGGUUCUCAAAAUGGGAGCGGCAGUGUUUGGCCGAGGCGGAGCAGAGAGAGCCGAGCGAGGAGGAGGCCGAUAACGACCACGACAAACUAUGGCAUCUUUUUCAGAACUCUGCCACCGCCGUGGCACAGUUAUACAAAGAUCGAGUAUGUCAUCAACAGGGCCUGUCACUGUGGGUGCCAUUUCAGAACGCUGCUACAGCAGUCACCAACCUGUACAAAGAGAGUGUCGAGGCCCAUCAGAGAAGCUUCGACAGGGGCAUCCAGAUAGGGCACCAGCGGCGUAAUAAGGACAUGUUGGCCUGGGUAAAAAAGCGCCGGAGAACAAUCCGCAGGGAGGAUCUUAUUAGCUUCCUGUGUGGCAAAGCACCCCCUCACCGGAGUAGCAGGGCCAACACGAGGCUGGCCAUGGUGGCCCCCAGCCGGGCUAAUUCGCCGGUUGAGACCGGCUCGUCUGUAGAAGCCGACCUGCAGCCAUUCAGGGAGGCCAUCGCGCUGCAUGGUCUGAGCGGAGCCAUGGCGAGCAUCAGUGUGCGCUCGGGCCCCCCGGGGUCUCCCACGCACGUCAGUGGGAGCAGCAGUAACGGUGGCGGCGCCGGCGGGGGGGCGUCUUCGGGCUCGGGGGCACUGUGCCGCAGCCGACGCAACGGCAUCCUGGACGUGGACCUGAACACUUUCAUCUCUGAGGAGAUGGCGUUGCACCUGGACUCGUCUGGCUCGGCCACGGCCGGGGGAGGGGGCGCGGCCAGGAAACGAAACUCCACUCAGUGCGGUGAUGUCAUCACAGACUCACCCACUCACAAACGUAACCGGAUGAUUUGAACUGCCCCGAAAGGCCACGAGGCUUUCCGCGAAGACCGCGGAAAGCGCCGUCUCCCUUCCUCUCGUCAAAUCAGUUCGUGCGCGCCUGUGCGCGCAUGCAACCCGCUCCACCGUGUUGGAGGGUUCCAGGCAGUUCUCCCGUGGGUGAAGACGCACUGUGCUAAAGCCACUUGAUUCUUGACACAUUUGUGCCCUUAUAACCCCCCCCAACCCCCCACCACCCACCCACCACCUUAAUAAGGAAGUGAGGUGUCACCAAGGACGUCAAAAACUUUUUUUCUGUUACUCGCUGCUCCCUUGCAGCCCCGACUUGAUAUCCUGUCCUUGCCGAUGCUUCAACCACUUUCUCUUCUUUUACCACCAGUGUUAAGAAUUGUUUUCACUGCUGUGCAACAGUGAUAGCCAAAUGUAAGUUUCACGCCUUUUUUGUUUUGUUUAAUUCUAGUAUUGGUUGAGGAUUUUUGAGAGGAUUUGAAAGAGAUUUUCUCGCCAACCCCCCCCCCCCCCCCCCACCCCUGUUUUUGCAGUCGUAUUCUCAAAAGCAGCUGCUGGUUCAUGUGAUUGUGAGACUUUUUCGAUGAGUUGCAAUAAGGCUUUUUGCACUUAAGGUUUCAUGCAAACAAAAUCGGCUCUUCCAUCGCAUCGCAGUUGUAGCCUCUACCUGUUCCAACGCGGACGCUGGCGAGCGCUUGCCGUCGCGCCCGGCAGAGCACUCGCUUCUCGUUCUCUCGUCCUCGUCUGUAUUGUUUCCACAAAAGGUUGAACUUCAUGUGAGAACGCCGGUGCUCUAAGAAUAAAAAUAACAUGUCACGAAUGAGUCGUGAAAGUUUCUCACCAGACUCGAGAUGUGCUCACAAGCCAUCUUAUAGUUUGCGCUUACAUGAGCUGCAAUUUGAUUUCAUCAGCAUGCAACAUGCAAGAUGAUGGAUCUCAAAGACUCUAAUGACAGAUUGGCUGAAGUUUGAUUUUCUUUUGUCUUUUGUUUUUCGGAAUACUUUCCAAAAGAGUCCGAUUUUAAAAAGAAAGCCCUACGAUAUUUAAUGAUGCGUUUACUCCCAGUUAGGCUCUGCUGUGUUGGAGGCAUUUACACUUGAAGUGAGCAACCGUGGCGGCGCUCUUAUCUGGACGACAUGGAAGCUGGCCAAGUGUAUGUCCGUUUUUGGUGAAACUUCAAACAUGUUUAACUUUGGCUCAUAGUCCUGCAUGAUUGCUGGCUUGUCUUCUAACUGACCGUCUUUCUUUUUUGUUGCAUAACCACUGAAAAGUAGCAUUUGCUUUGACGGCAGUAUCUGACCACAUGUGAAGGGCGCCAUUGCUGACGGCUGUUUGUUAAUGUACGUUUUGAGGGGGGGAAAAAGUCAUCUUAAUUUAUCAUAGGAAGGAUUUUUUUUUUAAAGGAAAUUUCCCUUAAAGUAAAACACUUCAUCUAUGGAAGUGUUAGUCUCUUAAUCACAGGUGCGGAACCUUUGAGUCAGUCCUCAGAGGGUGUUGUUAGAUUGAUAAAGAAAUGUAACUAAACAAAUGUUUAUCCUAUAUUGUGGCAUUUGUUGGUUAAAUAUUUUCGGGCUUUUAUCGCAAUUCCUCUCUGGCUUUAUUUCUUUUAAAAUUGCAUGGCGGGCUCUUGAGGCCCGUGGGUUCCUCAACCCCUGCUUGAAUGUGAUCAUAUAUGGUGAACGGAGGAUUUGUUGCCAGCCUGCUUCUAUUGUUUGAAAUCAUCAUUUUUUGGGGGUAUAAUUUGCUUCACUUUCUUUUCCCACGCGUUUAACUCUGCUCUGUGGUUUAACAUUCACUCGCAUCGGCAGCACUUUUGACUGAAAGGCAACAUGGUGGUUGUUGCACGUCACAGCUGUUAAGGGAACUUUGCGUGACGUGCGUGUGAGGACAAGAGCUACAAUUUAAAACGGAAGCAUUUGAAAUUUAAGCCUAAUUUUUUGUUGUUGUCACUUUAUACACGGGCAGACUUGAGCCACGUCUGAAGCCAACACUAUUGUCAGCUCUUUCUUCAUACGUAAUUGUCAAAAAGGUAAUAAAUGGCUAAUCUAUAUACUUAACAUUUAAUUGUUGGUAUGAUAUAUGUGGUUCACAUUGUAAAGCUGAAAUAAAACAAUUGAGUUGCAAAA